AUUGAUCAUUGAUCAUCCUGUAAAGAAAGAGCCGAGUGUGCCGUUACUAAAGAACAUAUUGGACAACAGUAACACCGAUGUUACUCCCGCAGUUUCCAGCACCUGCUGACUCACUGCGCCGUGUGAACCCCCCCCCUCUGAUUUUCAAUAUCAGGGACACAUCUCGCUGCGGGAGCAAAAUCGCCAGUAGUCAGAUCAUUUGUCCCCACGAGUGCAGUGCGUCAUCGGUCCCGCAUUCAUUCUGCAGCACGACGAGGGGCCACAAACAUGCAGCCGGGGACCAUCUUCAGCAACACGAAGAACAGGGAGUCCUGCAACAGACGGUCCGGCCCCCCACGGAAGCCCCCACGGAAGCCCUGGACGGUCUGAUAUCACCAACUUGACGGAUGAACUCUGACCUCUGAACUCCACUUGGACUUCCCCACGCCGCCCUCUAGUGGCUGAAUCGCUCCGAGGAAAGUCGUUGGUCUCUGGCUGCCAUGCGAUCCGUCUGCCGAGCCCCCAGCCAGAAUGUCAACCCGCAUUUGUAGCCUGCGUCUCUGUAAGCGACCCCUCCACCCAACCCCACCCCCCACCAGCCCUUCCUCUCCUCGGUCCCGUCCAACUGAGCCGCAACACGUCGACUCGUGUUUCCCCGGCGGUCGUGCCCCCCCCCCUCGGAAUCAGCCCGAGUUGUUCCCAGAGCCCAGCCGGGUGAACGGGGAGCCAGGGCGCGGGGCACCAUGCGCUCCUUGACGGGACUAGCUGCCACUGUGGCGGCGGCGAGCGUCUACCUCUACCUGCUGUCGACCCAGCUUCCCCCGGGGCCGAAGCAGCUCCGGCCGGACUCCGAGGGGGAGGACGAGGGAGUCCGGGAGUACACGCUGAAGUUCCCGUCGGACCUAGAUGAGCUGCGGGAGCUCGCAGACAUGCUCAGGUUUUAUAAAAGAGAACAUCACGGCUACGUUCUGCUGCUGUUCUGUAGUGCCUACCUGUACAAACAGUCUUUCGCCAUACCUGGCUCAUCUUUUCUGAAUGUGCUAGCUGGUGCCAUAUUCGGGCCCUGGGAGGGUCUGGUUUUGGCCUGCCUACUCACCACCUCGGGCUCCACAUUUUGCUUCCUGCUCUCCUCUGCGUUUGGAAAGCGGCAUGUGGUUCAGCUCUUCCCCGAGAAGGUGGCCCUGCUGCAGAGGAAGGUGGAGGAGAAUCGUAGCAGUUUGUUCUUCUUCCUACUUUUCCUUCGUUUCUUCCCUCUGACUCCUAACUGGUUCCUUAACAUCACCUGUCCCGUCCUCAACAUCCCUGUUCCUAUUUUCUUCUUCUCUGUGCUCAUAGGUUUGAUUCCCUACAACUUCAUCUGUGUUCGUACGGGCUCCAUACUCUCCGAGAUCUCCUCUCUGGAUGACAUUUUCUCCUGGAGCACGCUGGCCCAGCUCCUGGCCAUCGCCCUCAUGGCUCUCGUGCCUGGAGCACUGAUCAAAUACUACAGCAAAGAUCACCUCAAGGUGGACGGCAUGGACAGCAACAGAACCAGUCAGGCUGAGGUCAAGCAGGACCGGAAGAGGCGGUGAUUCUGGGAUGAAGGAGGACUUAAAUGCAACUCCAUGUCAGAAGAAUUGAGGUGGCAAAAAACUCUCCACUGGCAGGCGUGUGACCUUUUGUCCACUCCAGCCUUGUGAUUUUUCUAUGGUCAUGCCAGAGGCUCGUCAUACAUGUAGUAGUAACAGUACGAUCUGUUCCAAGAAUUUAGAAAUGUCUUCAGGUCGUGUUACACCGGACUUUAAAGUUAAAAUUACCCAAAGAUCUCUCACUUCUAAUACGCACAGCAAACCUUUCAGGGGAGUCUUCUACAAAGAAAAGUCUUAAAAGUUACUGAGGUUGUGCUGUUGCUCUGGAGAGGGCUCAGUAGUUCAUAUCCUAUGAAGAUUUGUGUUACAGUAAUAAAGGAGUAGCUUUAAA